CUAUUUAAGAAAUUUUUGAAUAAAUUUUAGUUCAAGUUUAUAGCUAAUUCCUUUAAAUUUCCUUAUCUUGACUAUUUAGCACCUCUGACUUUGCUAUAGAUGGUCAAUUUAGAAGAGACACUCUAAGAAGAGAUAUUCAGGCGUAAAGCCAGAGCAAUCCACAUGAAAAAGUUUAAAGAGACCUGACAUAGAAGUAUGACUCGGAGGAACAAAAAUAAUUCUAAUUCCUUCUUGUUUAAUGAUUUUCAAAAGAAGAGAAAGAAGUUUAUGCAGAAAGAGAAAUUUGAUGACUUGAACAAAUCAAAUAGAAUUCUUUUACAAGGACUUAUCGCUAUUAUCAACAGGAAGAAAUAAAAAUUAUGAUGGAAGCAACUGAUUUAAUAAGCCACAGGAAAUGCAAAAGUUGAUAAUAUCCUCUGUAAGAAGGCAGAGAUGCAGUCCAAGAAAUAAAAGAUCAAAAUCUAGGGAUAGAUCAGCGCAGAGGUAUUUUAGAGACCAAGUAAUUGCCUCGAAGUUCACAUGAAGAUACAACCAGCUUCGAAGAAUAGAAGUAGAAAAUGCUAAAUUUGCUCAAAGACUUUACGAUAAUAAGCCUUCAAUUUCUAAAAAGAAGCUUGAAGAUAGCUUCCAGACUCACUCGAAGUUAAAGAAGAGAAUGAGUAAAUUCUCUCAGAACAGGGCGAGAAAGUCUAUUGCAAUGGAAAUAGCUAAUCGAAAAUUAGGGACAAGCAACCAAGUCAAAAGAUCCCUCGUACCAGGUUCCAAUUCAGUCCCACGUAUGAGGCCAAAGACAAGGCAAAUCUCAACGACAGAAGGAAAUGGAAAGAACCUUGACUUGUAGUGCUAUAAGAGUAAUUU